UUCCACCUUUUUCAAAAAAAAAAAAUCUUUAUUUUUUUAAAUUUAAUUAAAAUUAAUCUGUGUUUCUUUUGUGAACAUGGACGUUGAAUAUGAUAGCCAGAUUCACACACUAAUCUCAUUGCCUCAAUUAUUUCUUUCUUCGUGGCGUGAGAUUUGAGAUGAAUUGUGUUUGAAUGUUUGGUGGUGGGUGUGGAGGAGAUGGACCGGAGGAGCUGGUUAUGGCGGAGGAAGUCUUCUGAGAAAAGUCCUGGAGAGACAGAGAGCACAGGCUCUCUCUCUUCUCAUUCUGAAAGAUUCUCAGACGAUCAGAGAUCUCACUCACCGGAAUUAAUAUCUAAACCUGUCACAAGAGAACAAGAAGAAGUUGAAGAAGAAGAAGAGGCAACGGCUGAUAUCAAGAUUCUAACGGAGAGGCUCUCUGCAGCUCUUUUAAACGUCAGUUUAAAAGACGACCUCGCCAAGCAGCAUGCCAAAGUUGCAGAGGAAGCUGUGGCGGGUUGGGAGAAGGCAGAGAACGAAGCCGCGGCUCUGAAGCAACAGCUUGAUGCUUCUGUGAGCAAAGUCUCUGCUCUUGAGGAUCGAAACACUCAUCUCGACAGUGCACUCAAGGAAUGCGUGAGGCAACUCUGGCAAGGAAGAGAAGAGCAGAACCAGAAGAUCGAAGAAGCAGUAAACGAGAAACGCUCAGAGUGGGAAGCUGCAAAAUCUGAACUCGAAUCCCGAAUAGAGGAGCUUCAGGACAGACUUGGAACUGCUUCGGUUCAGGAAGAAGAUCUUUACCCGAAACUAGAGGCGUUGGAGAAAGAGAACUCGGCUUUGAAGGUACAACUACUCUCGAAAUCAGAAGAGGUCAAGAUAAGAACUCUUGAGAGGGACUUGAGCACUCAGGCUGCUGAAUCCGCCAGUAAGCAGCAGCUUGAAGGGAUUAAAAAGUUGACUAAACUCGAAGCGGAGUGCAGGAAACUGAGAGUCAUGGUUCAGAGAUCUGUCAACAAGUCUUCUGUAGAUAAUCAGUCAGACUACUCAGGGAGAUUCUCUUUUAGUGAUAAUGAAGUGCAGAGUCCUACACAGAGAUCUGUUGGGAAGAGUUCAAUGGCUCCUUCAGUAGAUAUCGGUUUAAUGGAUGAUUUUCUUGAGAUGGAAAAGCUAGCUGCUCGGCAACCUUCUGAACCGGGAAGAAAACACUCAGAGAGUAAACCUGAUGCACAAUCAAGGCAGCUAAAACAUGAACUUGAAACCUCACUUCAGAGAGUUUCUGAGUUAGAGGAAAAAGUAGAGAUGGUAGAGGUGGAGAAACUGCAGCUGGAGAUGGCUUUGAAUGAGUCCAAAGAGCAAGUGGAGACACUGCAGAGUCGAGUGAUGGAGACAGAGGAGAAGCUGAAGAAACUGGAACCAAAAGCUCAAGGUCUAGAGCUGUCUUUGGAUGAAUCUAGAAAGCAGAUUCAUGAUCUUCAAAGACAGCUAAACAGAACACAAGUGGAUAUGUCAAAACUAGAGACUACGAGAGCAGAAAACAAUGAUCUAGAGCUGUUGUUGAGUGAAUCCGGAAGUCAAAUUCAGGAUCUUCAAAAGCAGCUAAACAAAGCACAAGUGAAUCUAUCAGAGCUAGAGACUAUGAGAGCAGAAAAGCUGGAGCUGACCAUAUGUUUAAACGGGACACAGAAGCAGCUAGAGACAUCGCAAAGUCGGCUAAAGGAAACAGAGAGAAAGUUAACAGAGCUUCAAACUCUUCUGCGUCUAACAAAGGAUGCAAGAGAAGCUGCUGAGGUUGGUGUAAAAGCUGCAAACGCGAAAGCAGAAGCUGUUGAGUCAAGACUCAGAGACGUGGAAGCAGAAGCGGAAUCUUUGGUCUUGAAGAUCGAAUCAUUGGAAGAGAGUAUAGAAAAGGAACGCGUGUUAUCAGCAAAACACAUUUCAAAGUGCGAAGAGCUGCAAGAUGAGAUCUCAAAACUAAAACACGAACUUGAGUAUCAUGGUGAAGCAGAGCAUGAGCCUAAUCAUGUGAGAGCUUUUGAUGAUGAUUAUACGCUGAAGCAGGAGAAGGAACUAGCAGUGGCUGCCUCAAAAUUUGCAGAGUGCCAGAGAACUAUUGCUUCACUGGGUCAGAGAUUACAGUCACUUGCUACAUUUGAUGAUUUCUUGAUUGAACCUUGAGGAGAAGCUCUCUGAUCAGAUUAUUGAUCAUUCCCAAGAAUGGUAAUAAGAGUCAAUAGCCAUUGAAAUCAGAAUGAUGAGCAGUUGAAUCUCUCUGCUAAAGAAACUUGGAAUCAUAUCCAAGAAUACAAGUGUAGAGGACACAUGAACAACGGGGAAGGCUAAGCCAAAAGAGGGUUGAGAUACAUAUGUCAAUAGAACACUAAGGGAAAGAAAAUGGAUAUAGUUUUUUUUCUUUCAUUUUAUUUUUAUAAAUUAUUAUCCAUUCAAUCUCUAUGGUUUAAGAUCAUAUCAAAUAUCAGCAGAACUAAGUACAAAUUACAAUCUAAUACGUAAAAGUAAAUAUAUAAUAAACUGUGAAAAGUAUUUUCA